AAAUUCCCACGCGCGCUAGUCCAGUCCGCCCGCGCGCGUUGUCGAGAGCGGAAAAGCGUUGGGUGAUUGCUACUUUUAAAAAUCGCAAUAACUUUCCAGUUUCCCUAUAGUGCCAGUGCAAAAACGGGGUGUGUAUCGAUGAAGAAAAAACGACGUAACCUACCUCCUAUAAAAGUGUAUAUGUCUGAAAUUAAUAUUUCGCCGCCAAUAUCUGUUCGAAACGAGGGAAACAUGGUAAAGAAAAAUUCGAAUUUAAAGCUUCAGAUAAAACCUAGACCUCCCAAAAAUAAGGAAAAUAAGAAUGAUCAAGAGGAACAGGAGGACGAACGUCCUUUAACCGCAACAUUAGAAAAACCUCAAAUUUUAGACAUAAAGUUCAUAAACAAAAUUGAUAUGUCCUUAAUAAGAAAGGAGUUUUUAUGUAUAACAAACCUUUGCCGUGCACCACUAACGGUAAUCAAACUCCCCAACGAAGGUCCAUUAACAGAUCGUCCCCUCAGUUUACCCAAUUGCAUAGUGAAAAAAAUCGUCGACGUCGAGCCGCCACGUUCUAAAACAAGUUGCGAGAUGAAUAAAAAAUGCAAAUCGCAUACGGCCGGACCGAAAAAAGUGCAAAAUUUGAUAGUGCCGAUUAGGAACAUAACUAAAUCUCCCAGAAGUAAUGGCGUUACUAAAAAAACGGAAAACGACGCGUCCCAAAAGCUAAUGAGAAUUGUUCGUACGAAUGAUUAUAAUAAGACCAUGAAACUUCCUCAACCUUGCACGACUUGCGGAAGGCCAGAUCAACCGGAACGUUUUCACAGCCAUCCAGUUGCUACUUCCAAAUCUCCACCAAAACCGAAUGAAAAUAUAAAAAUUUUGACGAAAUCUACUGUCCAAAAGCCGGUCGCAAUCAAAUACAAAUCCAAGCAAAGUGAGAGUAAAGUACAAAAAGUUGAACCGGUGCCGAGGAAGAAGACCGGAAGUGAACGCGCAAAAAUUAAUUCGAAACCGGCGUCUGGUGUAAAAGGACCUAAGACGUUAAUGUGUUAUAUUUGUGGUAGAGAAUUUGGAACAGCUUCGUUGCCGUUACAUGAGCCCCGGUGUCUAGAGAAAUGGCAAAGAGAAAACAUGACUUUACCGGCCAAUCAACGCAUGAAUCUACCGAAAAAACCCGACAUACCUAUGAACAGUGAGCAAUGGAAUCAACGUGCAUGGGAAUCGUGCCAAGCUUCCCUAGUUCCUUGCGACUCUUGCGGCCGAACGUUUUUACCUGACCGACUUACAGUGCAUCAACGUAGCUGCAACAAUUCCAAGACCGCGGUGAGUGAGAACUCAUUUUUUUGUUCCUUAAAUGAGGCCUUCCAUUUUAAAUAGUAUUUAUCUAUUGCGCCCACCAAACCUGAGACU